AUGUCUCCUCAUCAGGUCAACAAUGAUCAGCAGCAGGAGCAAAAGCAGGGUUCUUCGGCGGGAGGCGGCGGGAUUUCAUUCAAGGCUCCGCCUGGUUCUGGUGGGUUGGGCGAAUUAGGCAAAAGUCCCAAGCACUGGCUCAUGGGCGACGAGGCGUUUGAGGCGAGAAUGCCUCAUCAUGAUGGAGUACAGGCACUGUGGGAGACCAAGUGGAAAUUCCCAUGCUCCAAAUCUCUCUACCCCUUCCACGACGGUCUCUAUGCCGACUUUGCUCCCUCCUUCGACGCCCUCAUCAAGACUAACCACAACGACAUGACCUCCCCCGCCUGGACCACUACCUUUCUCUCCACGGGCGUAGCCGAGCAGCUCGUCGAGCAGGGUGACAAACUCGUGGCUGAGCUCAAUAACAUUAAACCCCCGGGACGUCUCCAGCCAGAGCAGCAGCAGCAGCAGCAGAGACGCAGACAACUCCGCGAGCAAGCCUCCUCGCUCUACCUCCGGGCCUGCUGCCUUUACCGCAUCGCCCGCUUCCCCUACAUCACUUCCAUCCCCAAGGUGAACGACCAGACCAAGUGGGAUGCGUGGGAGAAGCAGAAGGAGAUAUAUCUAAAGGCGGGCAAACUGUGGGAGGAAAGCCCCGUGGAGGAAGUCAAAGUGGCCUUUCUCGACAACAGACAGAUGCAACAAGGCGAAGGGCAAUGGAUCCCUGUUUACGUUAGGGUCCCUCCUGCUGGUACUUCCUCCCAGCCCUCUACUGGUAGUGGUGGCUACCCAACCGUCAUCCUCAUGACCGGCUUAGACGGGUACCGUCCGGACAACACCGUCCGCUGCAACGAGUUUCUCGCCCGCGGAUGGGCGGUGGUGGUGGUGGAGAUCCCGGGAACGGCGGAUUGUCCUGCUGACCCGGCGGACCCGGAGAGCCCUGAUAGGCUGUGGGAGAGCUUGUUGCAGUGGAUGGGCACCUACCAAUAUCGCGGAAAGAGGGCGUUUGAUAUGAAGAGGGUCAUGGUCUGGGGGUUGAGCGCUGGUGGGUAUUAUGCGGUGAGGAUUGCGCACACGCAUAGUCAUAGACUGGCGGGUGUGGUGGCGCAGGGGGCGGGGGUUCAUUACUUUUACGAUAAGAAGUGGAUGGAGAAGGUGGAUGGGCAUGAGUAUCCUGCUCAACUGAUGCCUGCUUUUGCUUUGAAGCAUGGGUACAGCUCCGUUGAGGAGUUCAAGGCUGGAGUGCAGAAGAAGUUCUCUUUGUUGGAGAAUGGGAUUCUGGAUAGAACUUCGACAAGGCUUUUGUUGAUCAAUGCUCGGGAUACUGACGGCUACAAUGUAGGGUACCCAAGACGGUUUGAUGCCCAUUGA